CGGCCUUAACUUUGUAGUGUCCGUCACCCAUGUUUGAAAUCCAAAAUAGUUCAUCUCAGGAUCCCAACCAUUCACAGGGGCGAAGCGCCGAGGUUCCUCAAACUUCAGUCACACCGUUUUUGGAUAGGAGAAGACCAUGGCAAAGAAGUUUGUGAUCAUCGACACAGACUGUGGCAUAGACGAUGCCCAGGCUAUCAUGAUGGCCUUGGCAGCGCCUCACAUCCAGGUCCUGGGUAUUACCUGUGUUUUUGGGAACACCACAGUCGAGAACGUGUGUCAGAAUGUGCAGCGGGUGCUCUCUGUCUGCAAAAAAAAUCAAAUACCAGUGUUUCAAGGUUCUGCUGGUCCUCUCGUUAGGGCCCAUCAACAGCCGACAGACCACUUUGGAACCGAUGGACUCGGAGAUGUGAUUGAACACAGAGAUCCACAGUGGAAGGAGAAAAUCCAGAAAGAGCAUGCAGUCGAUGCCAUGAUCAGACUUGUCUCUGAAAACCUGAACCAGGUGUCCCUGGUGGCCCUUGGCCCACUCACAAAUCUUGCUCUAGCUGUCAGACUGGAUCCACAUUUUCCUCAGAAGCUCAAAGAUCUAUUCAUUAUGGGUGGUAACAUGGAAGGUAAAGGGAAUGUAACAUUAUGUGCGGAGUUCAACUUUGUAAUGGAUCCAGAAUCUGCAUAUAUUGUGCUGGAGGAGUUUCUUUGCCCUACACACCUUGCAACAUGGGAGUACUCUUGCAGAAAUGCACUCACAUGGGAGUUCUUUGAAGAACUGAUCGGUCAGGAUGCACCUGCUGCCCGAUUCAUGAAGAUGCUAACAUCUAAAUGCUGGGCUUACUCCAAGGAGGCCAUGAUGAACAAGAGGGAUGUGUACUUUGGACCCGCCUUUGUCUCUUAUGACGCCUAUGCAAUGGCAGCCUGCAUCGAUGGCAGUGUAGUAACCGAGUAUAUUGAAUGUCCUGUCCGUGUUGAGUUGCAGGGGGAAAUCGGACGUGGCAUGUUGGCACUAGAUCGGAUAAACAAAAUGCAAAAGAGCCACCGUGUGUGUGUUAUGAGUAAAUGUGAUCUUGUCAAGUUCAGUCAGUUACUCAUGGAGUCCCUCAGACAACCUAAGUAAUAUCUGUGCCUACAUGGAAAAUGUUUAUUCCUAUCAAGUGUAAACAUUGUCCAGUUAGUAAGGAAAAGUAGCUCAUGUUCCACUCUGAAUCUUUUUUUUUUUUUUUUUUUUAAUUUGUACAACUAAGUGCUUUUUAGAUAAACAAUAAAAAAAACAAGAAUUUG